GUUUCUGCCAGUGAGAGAUCACCCUGACGCUCCUGGGUUCAGUUUCUCCUCCCGUGUGACUUAAACAUGAACACAAGCGACAUCAAUCCAUGAGUCCAAACCUUCCUUCUGUCCAGACCCAGAGGAGGCGGUGAAGGGCUCUUUGAACUCAUGGUGAUCAGCGCGCGCUCCCAGCACAGCGCCCUGUUCCUGGGCCACCAUGGGCUCCUAACAUGCCUUCUCUCUGGAAACGAAUAACAUUCUCGGUGGCCUCGGCGCUCUGCCUCUGCUCGGUGGUCCUCCUGGUGGGGGCCCUGUCCACGGAGCGGUGGGUGAUCGGGAGGAUCCUGUGUAAAACCGGUGUGGACAUAGUCAACGCGUCCAGUCCAGAGCUGGAGCAGUUUAUUGGGGACAUUUACUACGGUUUGUUCCAGGGAGGGAAGACCAAGAGGUGCGGACUCGGGAACAGGCGCUCCAAAAUAUACAUUUUUCCCAAGCUGGUGCAGACGCUGAAUGGUGGUCUGCACAUGAUGGUGAUUAUCUUCCUGCUGGUGGCUGUGGGCUUCGCCCUGGUCAGUCUGUCCUUCUGCAUUUACAACGCUCGUAAAGUGCCCUACCAGAGCAUCAAAGGUCACAAAGGACUUUACCUGUGGAAUUUUAUCGCUGCUCUUUUUGGUGCCCUAGGUCUUCUUUGUUUCCUAGCAGCCGUGAAGCACCAUCGUCUGACUGAGCGGGUGGCAAACUAUCGAGAGAACUUCUUUGUCCUGGAGGUCCUGGAGGACAUCUUGGACUGGUCUUUCUGGCUCGGGGUCGGCAGCAUCGUGACUCACUUCGCCGUUUGUGGAAUGGUUGCCAUGAGUCGCAUAAAGCUGCCCAAACCGGAGAUCAAGAAGCCUGAAGAGCCAACAAUCUCUGCCCUGGACCUACUCUAUUGAGAAACGCACACAAAAAACUGCUUUGUUUUUCAGUCUGGAAAACAAAAACCACAUUCAGUCUGAGAUUUGUAAUAAUGCUGCCUGAUUCAACCUACGGUUAUUUCAGGAAAAAUAUAUUUAAAGGACUUUUAAUGAUGAUUUGUGUCAAAAAAUAAGUAUCUGGAAAUAGAUGUAUUAAAAUUU